UUUUGUUGUCCCUUCUCUUUCUUAUAGACCUUUUAUUGUAUUUAUGUUAAUGCUUUUAUAUAUAUCUUUACUGUUAAAUAUGUUUAGAAAUUGUAGAAUUUAUCGAGUAAAUGAUCAGCAAUUUUCUCUUCGAAAGUGCUUCAAAGGCCUUUUUCGCCGCAAACGUGUUCGGCACGCGCGCACAAUUAGAAUUGGCCAUGGCCCUGUUUGUACUGGGGGUCAUUCGUUCCCACCAAAUGUCAUCUGUAACAGAAAAUAUAAUAUAUUUACUUUUGUUCCAAUGGGAUUUGUUCUCCUUAUUACCUUAAUUCGUGAAUUUACCGAUGAUAUGGUUCGGUUAAUUCGUGAUAAAGAAGUGAACAGUGAAAAAUAUGAAAAGAUAACUUCUACAGGGAAAAUACUUGUGAAGAGCGCAGAGAUUCAAGUGGGCGAUUUGGUUGUUAUUGAAAAAGAUAGAAGAAUUCCUGCGGAUGUUGUAUUGUUGCGGACAACUGAAAAGUCUGGCGCUUGUUUUAUUAGGACCGAUCAGUUGGAUGGUGAAACUGAUUGGAAACUUCGAGUAGCUGUUCCAUACACUCAAAAUUUGGUCGAGGAACGUUUAAUUUUGGAUUUAAAUUGUGAAGUUUAUGCAGAGAAACCACAAAAGGAUAUUCAUGCGUUUGUCGGAACAUAUAGGAUAAAUGCCGAAGAUUGUUCUCAUGACGGGUCUUUAUCUGUUGAGAAUGUUCUGUGGGCAAAUACUGUGUUGGCUAGUGGAACGGCUAUCGGUUUAGUUGUUUAUACAGGAAGGGAAACGCGUUCUGUUAUGAAUACAACAUUACCAGAUAGCAAAGUUGGAUUAAUUGAUAGAGAGGUGAACAAUUUGACGAAAAUUCUUUUCCUUUUUGUUCUUACACUUGCCUCUGUGAUGGUAGUGAUGAAGGGAUUAGACACCUACUGGUAUAGAUAUUUGAUGCGUUUUGUUCUUCUGUUUUCCUACAUUAUUCCUAUCUCACUUCGGGUUAAUUUGGAUAUGGCGAAGCUUUUCUAUACAUGGCAGAUUGGUAGAGACAAAAAUAUUCCUGAAACUGUUGUUCGAUCAAGUACGAUCCCUGAAGAAUUGGGACGAAUAGCUUUUCUUCUUUCUGAUAAGACUGGAACUUUAACUCGAAAUGAAAUGAGAUUUAAAAAGAUUCAUCUUGGAAGUACUUCUUUUGGGGGAGAAACGUUUUCUGAUGUUAGAAUGCAUGUUGAGUCAGCUUACGGAGGAAAACUUGCUCGUAAUUCAUUUUCCGUUAAACUGCAGACCGCUGUUGAAGCAAUUGCGCUCUGCCAUAAUGUUACACCAAUUGAUGAGAAAGGGAAGGCAACAUUCUACCAAGCUGCUUCACCAGAUGAGGUUUUUAAUUUACAAUUGUUUUUUAAUUGUCUAAAUAUCUAA